UUCCACGUCAACUUUUUUGACAUUUGUAUCAGAAGACCUAUUCACGAGUUUAUAAACGAUAAUAUUUUUGCCAGUAUUCGUAAAAAGAUCAAAAUGAUAAGCGUACUAAAUACAAUAGAUACAGGUCAUGAAGACAUGAUCCACGAUGCAGAGUUAGAUUAUUACGGUCUGCGUCUCGCUACUUGUUCUUCUGAUAACUCCGUAAAAAUAUACGAUAUUAAAAGUGGCACCCAGACUCUGGCAGCCGACCUCAAGGGCCACUUUGGACCUGUGUGGCAAGUUGCAUGGGCACACCCUAAGUAUGGAAACCUCCUAGCAUCCUGUUCAUACGACAGAAAAGUUAUAAUCUGGAAAGAGGCCGGCGAGUGGACAAAGCUGUAUGAAUAUACCGGUCACGAAAGUUCUGUUAACUCUGUAGCUUGGGCACCAGCUGAGUAUGGGUUGAUAUUAGCGUGCUGUAGUUCUGACGGCUCCAUAUCUAUAAUUACUUACAAUAAUGAUGCCGGAAACUGGGAUGUGAAAAAGAUAUCUGGAGCUCAUGCUAUAGGUGUAAACUCAGUGAGCUGGUGCCCAGCAAUUUCCGCAGAUCUGAGCUUAGACCCACUUACUAAUAAAGAAGCCCCUAAAAGAUUGGUGUCUGGUGGAUGUGACAAUUUAAUUAAGAUAUGGAGAGAACAAGGAGAUCAAUGGGUGGAAGAGAAUCGUCUCGAAAUGCACAUAGAUUGGGUUAGAGAUGUGGCUUGGGCACCUUCUCUGGGCUUGCAAAAGUCCAUGAUUGCAAGUUGCUCACAAGAUAAGCGGGUUGUUAUUUGGACAAGCGAUGAUAAUGUUUCCUGGACUCCAACCAUUUUGAAUACUUUUGAUGAUGUUGUGUGGAGUGUGAGCUGGUCACUCACAGGAAACAUAUUGGCUGUGUCUGGAGGAGACAAUAAAGUAAGCUUAUGGAGAGAGAGUGUUGAAGGACAAUGGCAAUGCAUAAGUGAGGUAGCUAAGGGUCUAGGACAGACAUCCAAUGAUGAGAGAAGCACUUUGUGAUCAGGCACCAAUUGAAUUUGUAUAAUUUUUGUUCAUUUAAUUUUUCUGUAUUAUUAAAUAAUUAUAAUUAAC